AUGUAGAUAUAGUCUUAAUCAAUUGGAGAAAUAACAUAUUAUUCUGAUCAAUAUGAACCAUAAUGCCCAUAUUGUUAAUAAGGAGAACAUUCUAUUUAAUCAGAUAGCCAUAACUUUUAAUCAAAUCAUCUAAUGACAGGAUAAGCAAUAAGGGGAAGAGGUAUCUAUUUUAUAUAACCUUAGUUGUUUAUGUUUCUCCAGAAAGAAUAGUUUCAAGAAAAAUAAUUGAAAACAAUGCUUUAUCCCCUUCAAUAUUCAAAUAAUAAUAAAUAAUGACUCCACCAAGGAUUGCAACUUCUAAUCCUCAAAUAAUUAAUUUAUAAAAUUCCCUUACUUCAGUGUCUCCAGUUCUGAAUUAAAAUUAGAAAAUUUCUAUGUAAUAAUCUCCAAUUUUAAUUCAUUCAUAAUAUAUAGUUCCACCAUAAUCAUUUAUUUAGCAAUAAAUUCCUAGUGUUUAAUAAUCUUCUCAAGAUUUCAUUACUUCUAAAGAGCUAUAAGUAUCUUCACUAAUUUAAUAAGAAUUACAAUCAAAAUAAAAAGAAUUAGAAGAAAAAUUACAAAAUUAAACUGAAGAAAUUCAGUAAUCUAAUCAAGCUUAUAGAUAGUUAUAAUCAGCUUUAUAAGAGAAAAAAGAAGAUUAUGAAAACUUAAAAAAAGCUUACAAAUAUCAAACCUAAUAUUCUCCUACAUCAUAAGUUCCAUAAUAUAUAGAAGAAUUUUAUCAAUAAUCAUAAAUUAAAGAGAAAAAAGUAGUUUACACUUAAGAGGAUAUAGAAUUAUUUUGGAAACAUAGAGUUUUUGAAUUGGAAGCAUAUUUAUAUGAAUUAUGGGCCAAGAUUUGUAAGUUAAAACAGUAGAAAGAAGACUAAAAAAAAGAUGAUAAUGUUAAAGUAUAUAUUUGAAUAAUAUUUUAGAUUGAAUAAUUGUAGAGAGAAGUUUGUCAAUUGGAACAUAUUUUAAGAUUGAAAUCUAAUUCUGUUGUUAUUUUAAAAAAUAAAUUGAAUAACUUAAUGUAUCAAUUUGAUCCAGCAACUGAGGUUACAAAAUAAUAUGACUAAAAAUUAUAAGAAGUUAGACAAUAGGUGAUGAGUUUAAAUUCAAAAUAUUAAAAAGUUCAAGAAGAAAUAUAAGUUGUUUAGGCAUAAAAUCAAUAAAAUAAAUUUAGAAUGAAUGAUAAUGAAGUUAUACCAAAUAGUAAAUAGAUAAUUUAAAUUUGA